UGGGGGCGUGUUUGUUACGCCGGACUGGGCAGGUCAGGACAGGACCCAGUCCCAGUCCGGUGUUUGGCAAGUGAAAAUGGGAGGGGGACAGGUUUGUCCAGUAGAUCAAUUUAUCCCAAAUGAGGGGGAUAAAUCUGACCCAUCUGGAGACUGGGUCACUUUUGUCCCACCGAGCUCUCUUCGAAGCAUCUCUGGCCGCCCCCUUCGAAGCAUCGUCGAUCUCGCAUCACCAUCCCCUUCAAAGCAUCGUCGAUCUCGCAUCACCAUCCCCUUCGAAGCAUCUGGCCGGGCUUGAUUUGAUAUUAAGGAGGAAGAAGCUUGAUUUUGGAGGCAAACUACCCUUCGAAGCAUUUCUGGCCGGUGAGUUUAUCUUCUGCUGCAUCCUUCCUCUGUUUCAUCGAUCUGCCAUCAUCACCUGGUUAUUUAAAGCUUGCAUGUGCACUGUACUUUUCAGAAUUAAAUUAUACUCCCAUUUUGAUUAAAAGGAAGCAGCAGUAUAGCUCAAAGGAUUACGCAGAGGUUGGCGUGUUGACAAUUUUAAGCAGCAGUAUAGCAGAAACAUCACGCAGAGGUUGGCGUGUUGACAAUUUUAAGCAGCAGUAUAGCAGAAACAUCACUCAGAGAGAUGGAUGGAAGAAAAUUAGUUGUGAUCCAAUCUUUUUGUUGGGGCUUUAUGUUUAUCUUCUUUAUGUACAUGUAUGUAGCGUGGCAAAGGAGAAAUGAAAGAGGUGUUAGGAAUAGAAUAACUAGGAAUACCGAAUUGCGUACAUCUUUUAUAGAUAGUUUGUUGGACAAUGAUGUCACUUGUAUUAGUCAAUUGAGGAUGGAUAGGAGAACAUUUGUUAUUUUAUGUCGGUUAUUACGCCAGGAUGGAUAUGUGAAAAGAGAUGGUACCGUUACAUUGGAAGAGCAAGUGUGCAUAUUUUUGCACAUAAUUGCUCAUCAUACAAAAAAUCGUACAAUUAUCAGUCGAUUCUAUAGAUCAGGGGAGACAAUUAGUAGAUAUUUCAAUUCAGUAUUGAAUGGGGUGUUGCGCUUACAUUCCAUUUUGUUGAGGCAUCCUGAACCUGUGUCGGAUAAUUGCUCGGAUGAUAGAUGGAAAAUGUUUAAGAAUUGUUUGGGAGCAUUAGAUGGAACUUAUAUUAAGGUGAAAGUACCUGAAAUCGAUAAGCCAAGAUAUCGAACAAGAAAGGGUGAGAUAGCAACAAAUGUCUUAGGUGUAUGUAACCCGAAUAUGGAAUUUAUAUUUGUAUUACCGGGUUGGGAAGGCUCCGCUUCAGAUUCCAGAGUACUUCGAGAUGCAAUAAGUAGGCCAAAUGGACUAAAAGUACCAACCGGUUGUUAUUACUUAGUGGAUGCUGGUUACACAAAUGGUGAAGGAUUUCUUGCACCAUAUAGGGGAACAAGAUAUCACCUUUCCGAAUGGAGAGAUGGUUGUGCACCCAUAAAUCAUCAAGAGUAUUUCAACAUGAAGCAUGCAUCAGCUAGGAAUAUCAUAGAAAGAUGCUUUGGGGUUCUUAAAAUGCGAUGGGCAAUUUUAAGAAGUCCAUCUUUCUACCCAAUUACAACACAAAUCAAAACCAUUACUGCAUGUUGUCUGAUACAUAAUCUGAUUAGAAGAGAAAUGACACUCGAUCCUGGAGAAGUUGAAUAUGAUAGGAUGGAAAAUGUAGACAUUAAUGAAGAGGAGGACAUUAUAGGAUCAAUUGCUUCCUCAGAUCGAUGGACGAAUUGGAGAGAUGAGUUAGCUAAUCAAAUGUUUGCAAUGGAAGCUGGAGGUAGCAGCAAUGAUAAUAGGUGGGGUGAAUCUAGGCGUACAUGGAGUAGAGGUGAGGAAGAAGCUUUGCUGGUUCUUUUAGAUGAAGCUGUAGCUAGUGGGCAACGUUGUGACACGGGAGCAUUUAAACCUGGUACACUUAAUAUGAUUGAGCGGAAACUGGCUGAAAUGUGUCCUAACUCGGGAUUGCGAGCAACUCCACAUAUUGAAUCAAAGCUAAAAAAGUGGAAGAAGCAAUACGGCAUCAUAUACGACAUGCUGAACAAAAGUGGAUUUGGAUGGAAUGACACUCUUAAAUGUGUGGAGAUUGACAGUGACGAUGCUUGGAAAGCAUAUGUGCAGAGUAAUCCAAGUGCAAAAAGUUGGAGAGAUAAACCUUUUCCGAUAUAUGAGAGGCUUGCUAAUAUUUUUGGGAAAGAUCGGGCAACAGGACAUGGAGCACAAACUCCAAUUGAUUUAGUUAAUGAUAUAAAUAUGGAGCCUGACAAUGACCAAUUUGAUGAUGUGGGUUCUCCAAUGUCUAUGAAUCAAACACAUAGUCAACUGCCUACACAAUCCCAAUUAAGAGGUAAGAGGAAAGCUCAAUCGAAGGAUGUUGACAUCGUUAGCGGGUUAAACAAUGUAGCAGAUAAGUUUAUUGAUAAAUUGGCUACACAGUUAGACAAGUUGGAGAAGUCUGAUAUCAACUAUCCACAAUACUUAGCUAUGGAGCUUGACAGGUUAGGAUUCCCUAUUACUGACAAUCUCAAAAUCUCGAAGGCAAUGAGAUCGGAUCCAUCGAACGUUGAGGUUUUCAAGAUUAUUAAAACCGAUGCGCAGAAGAUUGAAUUUGCUCGUGGAUUUUUGGAUAACUAAAUUAGUAUUGUUAUGGAUUAUAUAUUUAUGGAUAUGUAUGAGAGGAUGACAACUAUGAACAUUUGGAAUUGAAACUUAUGGACAUAUAUUGUAACGUAUUGAAUGUUAGUUUCUAAUUAUGCAUGUACGGAUAAUUUUAUUAUUAUGUGUUAUGUUUUAGAAUAUUAACAUGCACUUUAUUGAUUUGGUUAGUUGUUA